AACAAAAAGCCGCCGCCCAUUUCUUUUUCAUAAUAAUUCCCAUAAGACACAUACCGUGUUCUUCUGUAUAAAAUAGUUCCUAAUUUAAUCAUCGGGAAAUUCACUUUUAUUUUCAAGAUGGUUUGCAAAAUGCUCUGGAUCGCAAUUUUUAUUGCUAUCACUGUAUCUGCUGCUCCCACUGACUCAUCACCUUCAGCUGCUGCGACAAGUCCAGCAACACCAACAAUUGGUCCUGCUCAGAACGGUUUAACAGCCGCUUCACCUGGAGUUGAAACCACAACCACUUCUGCAUCCGGCGUCAAUUUGUUCUUCACGCUUGUUCCGAUAGCACUGACUUUGUUGAAGUAAAUUAAAAAUAACGUGCUAGAUUCAUUGUAUUUAUUAACUUUCCAUGGCGUUCAUAAAAGUAUCAUUUAAA